AUGUUGGAUAUGAUCAAUGGGCGUUUGAUCAUUACCGAAAAGCUUUAUAUUUACAUGAAAAAGAAUGAUUAUGCAAAUGCAAUGCGACUAUUUAUGAAAGGUGCUAAUAUAAAUCCAAAGGUACCUAAAGAAUAUUCAAUGAACCACGAAGGCGUUGCAAAAUGGUAUUUUGAUGUGGGCCGUGCUUUCAUCUACAGUCAACCUGAGAAGGCGGUACAAUUGUUUGAAAAAUCUUUAGAGAUUCGAGAGAGAAUCUUUGACAACGAUAAUAUCAACGUCGCUUUGAGUCAUGAUAAUAUUGGUUAUACUCUUGGCAUAAACCACUUAGACUUUGAUAGAUCUAUCGAUCAUUUAGCAAAAGGAAAGCAAAUCUUCGAAAGCAUGGAACUUAUUCAAUUAUCAGCUAACUCACAUGAUAACUAUGGUAUUCGUCUGCAUUUGAUUGUUUGUGAAGAUUGCCUUAGUCAUUGGUAUUAUCAAAAACAAAAUUAUCAACGAGUAUUUGAUUAUUCCAUGGAUGCACUUCGAAUUUAUCGAUUCGAUCAGGACAAACGUACGACCGAAAUUAUUGGCAGGUUAUCAGUUAAUCAAAUGAAUGUGGAGCAUGUGGAUGAAGACACGAAUCGCGAUGACCAAUAUGUAGAAGAAGGUAUAAAUCCUAAUGAUCGUCGUGUGGAUUAA